AUGCCCAUCCUCCCCCUACAGUCUCCCUUGCCAGACGGCUCCUUCCCCCGCCAACCGCCACGAAGCAAUGGCGGUGUACCUGUCAUCUUCAAGAGGCUACUGCGCUUCAACCAGAUGGACUUUGAGCUCGCGGCAUGGCAGCUCAUGUAUCUCUGUUUGGCGCCCAAACGAGUGUACCGCAACGUAUACUUCCACAAACAAACGAAAAAUACUUGGGCGCGAGACGACCCGGCAAUACUCAUCCUCAUAGCGGGCUGUUUGACAGCUGCCGCAAUAGCCUGGUCAAUAGCAUGGCGUCUCACUCUCUUCGCGACUCUCAAGCUCGCCGUCCUGAUGAUCACUCGCGACUUCCUCCUCGUCGGCCUCUUACUCUCGACACUUCUCUGGGCCUUCGCCAACCGCGCACUUCUGUCGCCUCCAUCACAUACUUCGACGAGCGAUGCGAGCGUGGAAUGGGCGUACGCGUUCGAUGUACAUACCAACGCGUUCUUCCCGUGCUUCUUGACGCUUUACGUCGCGCAACUGUUCCUGUUGCCGGUGCUAUUGAAGACGAACUGGGUCUGUUUGUGGAUCGGGAACACGUUGUACCAUGUCGCAGCUGCGCAAUACAUCUACGGCUUAUAUCUUGGCUUCAACGCACUGCCAUUCCUCAUCAGGACAGAGUUCCUCCUCGCGCCUCUGCUACCCACAGCAGUAGGCUACAUCCUCUCCCUCUUGGGCUUCAACUUCGCGCGACACGCGCUCCAGCUGUAUUUCGGGUCCAUAUAG